AUGGAUAUCAGAGGCAAAGUUCACAAUCCAGAGAACAAGGAUCUCGCUGCAGAGCUAUGUCGUCUCUGUCAUGAUACACCUAGCUUGAACCUUCCGGAUGCUUCCAAGCUUCAGGUCCCGGUCAGAUCAAAUAUCUCUGGCGAGCGACUUCGCUCUGGCUCAUUGUCAGAAGAGAUCGUCACCACCAUCCUUGCAUCUAAAUGCAAUUGGUAUAUGCUUCUCAAUGGGGUAGCGGAGGACUUAAGUGCAUCAAAACAAAUCGGGCAUAAAUUUGUGAUUUUUGGGCUGAAUGAUUGUGUUCCAAUGUCACCAUUUCACAAGAAGCGACUGCAGGCCACUAAAUCCGAAGUUCAUAGCCUCAUUCAGAAACGAAUGCUUCUGGAGUUAUCUUUCGAAGCUCUAGAUAGCUCAGGAUAUCUAUCUAAACACAGUCGCGAAAUAGGAGAUAAAGCUACAGGAGACAAUGUUGGUUGUUUCAUUGGUGCAAGCUUGGUGGAAUACCUAGAUAAUACCAACGCGCAUGGCCCAACUGCAUACACUUCCACCGGUACCAUUCGUGCCUUCCUUUGCGGUAGGCUGAGUCAUCAUUACGGGUGGUGUGGACCAUCGGAGGUAAUUGAUACAGCAUGCUCAUCCUCAUUGGUCGCGAUCAAUCGUGCGUGUAAAGCAAUCCAGGCUGGCGAGUGCAAGAUGGCUCUAGCCGGAGGUGUCAAUAUCAUAACCGGUAUUAACAACUUCCUUGACUUGGGCAAAGCCGGUUUCUUGAGUCGUACCGGACAAUGCAAGCCAUUUGAUAAGCUUGCCGACGGCUAUUGUCGCUCUGAUGGUGCGGGCCUUGUGGUUUUGAAGACAAUAAAGCAGGCCUUAAGCGACAAUGAUGAGAUCUUGGGCCUCAUUCCCGCCAUCGCUACUAAUCAAGGCGGAUUAUCGGCAUCUAUCACUGUUCCUCAUUCAGCUGCACAGCAAGAAUUAUAUCGAACGGUGAUUCAACGAUCGGGUCUUCAACCGGAGCAGAUAACUUACGUUGAAGCUCAUGGAACAGGCACUCAGGCCGGGGAUCCUUUGGAGAUGGAAAGCAUUAGGUCUAUCUUCGGGAGUCCCUCCAGAUCGAAUACAGUCCACGUCGGUUCCAUUAAAGGCAACAUUGGUCACUGUGAAACCGCAGCAGGUGUUGCUAGCUUAAUCAAGGUGCUUGCCAUGUUGAAAUAUGGUAAGAUUCCACCGCAGGCAAAUCAUCAGCAACUCAACUCAAAAAUUUCCGAUCUGAAACCAGACAAUCUUGAUAUCAGCCGUAAUGUUCUUGAAUGGAACGUGCCAUUUCGCGCGGCUCUCGUCAAUAGUUACGGAGCGGCUGGGUCCAACUGUGCUCUUCUGUGCUGUGAACUUCCAAAAAAUGACCUUGCUGAGAAACACAACUCAUAUGUCAAGAACACUAGUAUGUUAUACCCGGUCAUUCUCAGUGCAGCUUCACAGAACAGCCUUCUCGACCAAGCUCGGGUAUUGAGCACAUUCCUACGCCAAAAGUCUAAUAUGCUGGACAUUCGUGAUAUUUCGUAUACUUUGAACGAGAAAAGACAACGUCAAAAGUGGUAUGUUAGCAUCACCUCAAAAAGUACCAAGGAUUUGACCGACCAGCUGGAUUCUAUCAACCCACUGAGCUUUGGGCAGUUGCAAAAGUCAUCCAAGCCUAUAGUGCUAUGCUUUAGUGGACAGAGCGACAACAAAGUCGCCUUGAGCGAAACCAUUUAUAAGACAUACCCUGCAUUUCGAUUCUAUAUUGAUGCAUGUGAUAAGCAAGUACAGAGUUUGGGGUUUCGCUCUAUCAUUCCAGCCAUCUUUCAAACACAGCCUAUUGAUGAUGUUAUUACUUUACAGUGUAGUAUCUUCGCCAUGCAAUACGCGUGUGGUAAAUGUUGGAUUGACGCCGGCUUGAAGAUUAGCGCUAUCAUCGGUCACAGUCUCGGAGAGCUUACGGCAUUGGCAGUGUCAGAAGUCCUAUCAUUGUCUGACAGUAUCACUCUGAUUGCUUCUCGCGGCCACCUAAUUCAUACUAAAUGGGGGCCUGAAAAGGGUGCUAUGUCAGUCUUACACUGCGAUGCCAAUGAUUUCGAACUUAUCUCUAUGCGCCUGCAAGCUAGUUGUAAUGGGAAGAUCGAAAUUGCUUGUUACAAUUCGCCAACCUCGUUAGUUGUGGCAGGCACGUUGGCCAUGAUUGAAGCCACUGAAGAACUCAUAAGAACAGAUCCCAUGUUUCAAAAUAUCAAAUCACAGCGAGUCGGCACGAGCCAUGGAUUCCAUUCGGCGCUUGUAGACCCAAUACUGGGUGAGCUGGCUGAUAUUGCCAAGUCUCUUCAUUGGAACGAACCAAAAAUUCCUUUGGAACUAUGCACUGCUGAACCUCUCUCAUCCAUCGAAAGCUACAGUGUUACGGACCACGCGAGGCGUCCCGUUUAUUUUUCAGACGCCGUACGAAGACUCGAAAAUUCUUUAGGAUCAUCCAUCUGGCUGGAGGCAGGAAUCAAUACACCAAUUAUAGCGAUGGCAAAGAGGGCAUCGGGAACUCCAGAAAUGAUGACCUACCAUGCCAUAAGAACACCGAAUGAUCAAAAUGCCGCCGAGGCAAUCUCUGCUUCGAUUUUAGCGCUUUGGAAAAGUGGUAUUUCCUUGAUCCAUUGGAGCUUUCUGCCAACUUCGGCAUCGGAUUUUAAACAGAUAUGGCUGCCGCCAUAUCAAUUUGAAAAAGCUCCGUACUGGCGAGAAAAUAUUGAUAGAACCAUCGAAAUGCAGCAAACGAAUCCAAACAAUGCACAAGACCCGCCAUUACAACUUUCACCUCAAUUAAUCACGAGAAGUGCAGAAAUUCCUGAACAGCCGGGAGUUGAGGUGUUUUUGGUAAAUACCAAAAGUCAACGAUUCUCAAAGAUUGUCGGCGGCCAUGCAGUUCGAGGAAGGCCCCUAUGCCCAGCAUCCAUGUACAUGGAGUGCAUCGUGAUGGCUAUCCAGCUUCUGAUCGGAGAAAUCAAAGGCGAAAGCCUUAUUUUCGACAAGCUUGAUUUUCACGCUUCUCUUGGUCUUUAUCCGAAGGGUGAAGUUGUGAUACAGCUUGUCAAGGCAGUCAGUGCUGAGCGAUCGUGGAAAUUUACUAUCACUACUUCAAUCCCAACAAGUACAAAGCCGAAGCAAGUGCUUCAUGCUAGCGGUAUUAUUGCCCUGUUGCCUGACUCUCCGUCUGAUACUUUUCACCGGCUUAUAGCUGGGCCUAUCGAGAAAUUGGAGAAUAAUGCAAACGCCGAAAGCCUAAUAGGCAUCAAGACUGUGAAGAUGGAUGAGUGGGAAGCAAUUGCCACAAUCAGUGUCCCAGAGGCCCAGCCAAAUCGAGAAGAGAGCACAUCAUGGCUUAUUUGUGACACCGUCACCAUUGAUGCAUUUAUCCAGGUUGUCGGACUACUGAUGAACAGUAGCAAUGCCGUAUCAAAGGAAGAGGUUAUGGUGAUGGUUGGCGUAGAGCACACUGUUAUUUCACCGGCUUGCAACAUGACAAAUAGAAAGGAUUGGCGCGUCUACGCAAAAUUCUGCUUUACGCAGGAUGGGCAACCAAUGGGAGAUGUGUUUGUAUCUUCGCCAGGUGGGGAACUAGUGGCGAUGCUUUGUGGCUGUCGAUUUGCAAAGUUGCCGAUUUCAAAGCUCGAGAAAGCUCUCGAUUCAUCGAAUUCGAAAGCCGCUGUAAAUGUUCCACGUCUGGCUUCAACCAAAGUCUCCAACGCAUCGAGUACAACCGGAGAUGGACUAAAUACGCUCACGAUUGUUACUCCUGCGACCGAUAGCAAUAUUUCGAGCUUAAGAGACUUAAUAGCCGAGUAUACCGGAGCCAAUACAUCAGAUAUACCUACGGAUACAAUGUUUGCAGAUUUGGGACUAGACUCUCUAGCAUCGGUCGAGCUUGUUGGGGAGCUUUUGGCCAAGUUUGAGUUGGUCAUAUCUUCCGAUGAAUUGCUCACCAGCAAUCUAAACGAGCUUAAUGAGCGUCUUGGUGGUCCAGCUUUAGCCAAAAUACUACCAAGCCAAACAGAUUUUAUGAAACACCCGAUUCCUGAGCUGGUUGAAAGUUUUACUCAUGAUUCAGAUGAUCGUGCUGUUGCACAAAAGUUUCAGAAGCUUCUGCAGAUCCUAGCUGAUAUCUCAGGGGCUAAACUUGAGGACAUCAAAGAGAAUGAUUUAUUGCCUGAUCUUGGAAUCGAUUCACUGUCACUAGUAGAUCUGAAACAGGAGCUAGAAGAAUCAUUUUCAGUGAGUUUCGAGGAAAUUUUGCUGGAUUGUGCGGUGAAAGAUCUCACGACACGUUUGAACAUUGAUAGGCCCAGUGGCAAGAAACCAAGUUACACUAAAAACGUUUUUCAAACUGACAAAGGGAACGUGCCUGCCAUAUUAGAGCACGAUGUGAAACUCGACUUGCCAAACCCUUUCAGAGCAUUAACACUAGCUGAUGCCCAUUUCGAUGAUUCAGCAAAAAUGCAGGGAUUCAGUAACUAUUGGUCAGACGUAGCGCCUUUUCAGGAUGACCUAUUACUGGCGUACAUAGUGGAAGCUUUUGGUGCUUUAGGAGUCGAUCUUGCAAACAGCACCCCAGAAAGCAGCAUUGCGCAACUACCACACUUGGCACAAAGAUACGAUAAACUCGUGCAGAGGCUUUGGAAAAUCCUCCAAAAACACGAUGUUGUUUUCGAAGAUCAGACUGGUAGCUUCAAGCGCGGAAACCGUGUUAUUGAUUCAAGGCCAUCGUCUCAGUUGGUCGAAAUAUUCCGCAGCAAAUUUCCGGCUUAUGAGCAUGAAACUAAUCUGAUCAGUCUUACCGGUCCAAAACUCGCCGACUGCUUGAGUGGCACAAUGGAUCCCGUGUCCAUCAUGUUCGGAAGCCCUGCAUCUCUGAAAAUAAUGGAAAAUUUCUAUGCUCAGUCUCCAAUGAUGUCAACACUCACUGAGCAGCUGGUAAUAUUCAUAACAACCUUAACUCGAGGUUUCCAAGCCGCUCGACCGUUGAGAAUUCUGGAAGUGGGUGCAGGUACCGGUGGAACGACAAAAAGGCUUGCAAAAGCAUUAGAUUCUUCCGGAAUUUCUGUUGAAUAUACCUUUACAGAUAUAUCAUCCACCCUAGUUGCUAAGGCUAAGAAUAAGUUCCUGCAAUAUCCAUGGAUCAAAUUUGCCACCUUUAACUUGGAAAAAGAAGUCUCCAGUGAAUUACGCAAUCGAUUUGACAUUGUCAUCAGCGCCAAUUGUGUACAUGCAACAACAAACCGCACUAUGUCAUGUCGCAGACUCAAAGAGGUUUUGGUGCCAAAUGGUUUUAUUGUUCUGUCCGAAGUUACUCGAAUUAUAGACUGGUAUGAUAUCUGCUUCGGUCUGCUUGAUGGCUGGUGGCUAGCUGAAGGGAAUACGGCCUACCCUCUUCAGCCAGCUGAGGCUUGGAUGUCGACAUUCAAGGCAGCAGGCUUUGGCGUGACCAGCUACUCUAAAGGCUCGAUGCCAGAAGCUAAUAGUCAACAAUUACUUGUAGCAUCGUGCAACAAGUGGGAAAUACCAGCAAGUAUAAACGCCUCUUCAAAUACAGACAGUAGUCGGGGUGUAUCAUAUCGCCAAGAGACUAUUGUGUAUAAAGAGGUGAGUGAUAUUUCAAUUGAGGCAGAUGUUUUUUUCCCUCGAACGAUCCCAUCAUCGCCCAUGCCCAUUGCUCUCAUGAUCCAUGGCGGGGGUCAUAUGACACUCUCUCGAAAAGCGGUUCGUCCAAUGCAAACGCAAUAUCUUUUGGCCAAUGGAUACCUCCCAGUGAGUAUUGAUUACCGGCUCUGUCCCGAGAUUAAUUUAGUCGACGGACCCAUGGCAGAUGUCUAUGAUGCUUAUCAAUGGUCCAAAAAUGUGCUUCCUCAGAUCGCUGCUGGGCAUGGGUUACUGGUCGAUAAGGGCAACGUGGUGGUGAUCGGAUGGUCAACAGGAGGCCAUUUGGCUAUGUCGAUUACUUGGACCGCAAAACUAGCCAAGGCGGUACCACCAACUGCAGUACUAUGUUUUUAUUCGCCGGUAGAUUUUGAAUCCAAAGAGCUUGGUAUGAAUCGUCCUUCGAAACUACCAGCCCGAAAAAUGAGUAUGGAAAGUAUAAUUUCUGCUCUUCCACAGAAACCCAUCACAAAUUAUGAUUCUGCGAUCGGCGACGACACCAAUCUAGGAUGGGUUCGUCCAGGCGACCCACGUUCUGAGCUUCUUCUUUCGAUGUUCAAAGAGGGCACUGGACUCUCACUUCUUUUGAAUGGGCUGCCUCGCCCAGGAGCCAAAUCGCUCGACCAACCCACACAGGCUCAAAUUAUCGCCAUCAGUCCUCUUGCUCAGCUUCGUAAAGGAAACUACGAUGUACCAACGUUCAUUAUCCAUGACACCCGAGAUCAAAUUGCGCCUUUCGCGGAUUCUGAGAAGUUUGUAGUUGAGCUAAAGAAGAGAAUUAUUACAUGUGGCUUUUUACCAUUAGAGGGAGUAGAUCAUAUAUAUGAUUUACAGUUGAAACCAGGAACUAGGGAAUGGGAGACAAAGGUUGAGCCAGGGUAUCAGUUCCUGUUUGAUGUGGUAAGAAGUCGGAUUUGAAGGAGUACCGGCGGCAGGUUUAUUUUUUUUCGCUCCUUCUUCAAGGCGGGGGCCCAUGCAUUACUAGUCAUGAGAAUACCUAUGCAUCAAUGUAAGAAAAUUGACCCUCAAAUCUAUUAAAUGAUUCAUAAGCAUGAAGUGAUAAUUAGGUAUAAUCUUUUUA